AUGGCGGCGGUUCCCGCGGGGCUGUUCGCGGUGUACAAACCGCCGGGAGUGGCGUGGAACCGCGUGCGGGAUGCGGUGGAGACGCGGCUGCUGCGCGAGCUCAACGCGGCCCCAGCGCGGCCCCCGCGGAGCCGCAUCCGCUUCCUGCCCGCUGCGAGCGCGGGGCCGCCGGCGUUGGAGGCCGUGCGGGUGCCGGUGUUGGCCGAGCACCGCCUGGUUCGAGGGCCCCGCUUCACGCAGCUGAAGAUCGGCGCCGGGCACCGGCUGGACGUGAAGGCGUCGGGGGUGUUCGUGCUCGGUGUUGGGCACGGGAACAAGCUCCUCAGCCACCUGUACGACUGCCACCUGAGCAAGGUUUACACGGUCAGGGGGCAGUUUGGUAAAGCUACCGUGGACUUCUCAGACACUGGGAAGCUGAUAGAGAAGACAACGUUUGAUCAUAUCACGAGGGAGAAGCUGGAACGGAUUCUCGCCAUCAUCCAAGGAACAAAUCACAAGGCCUUGCUGAUGCAUUCUAACAUCGAUAUGAAAACACAGGAGGCCUAUGAGCUGGCUGUGAAGGGGCUGAUUCGCCCCAUGGGAAAAAGCUCCCCAAUAAUCACUGCAAUCCGGUGUCUCCAGUUUGCACUCCCUGAAUUCCAGCUAGAAAUUCACUGCUUGCACGAGACCCAGCAAUACCUCCGCAAAGUAGUCCAUGAGAUCGGGCUGGAGCUGAAAUCAUCUGCUGUGUGCACACAAGUGCGAAGAACACGGGACGGUGUCUUCACACUGGAUGAUGCCCUCCUGAGAACGCAGUGGAACCUGCAGAGCAUACAGAAUGCAAUUCUGAACUGCCAGCUCAGAGUGAAAACCGAGUUAGAGAAAACAAUGAGCCAUUGGGACGGAAGUGUUCUUCAGGAGAUGGAUGCUGAGGCUGCCCACGCUGCUGACAGCUGAGUACGUGCUCCAGAGGGAACAUCCACAUCCCCUCUGCAACACAGCAACAGAGCUACGUGCUGACAGGAUGAUGGACAGCAGAAGGAAAGAGGUUAAUUGCAGUUCACUUCCACUAUUUCUUUGAGAUGACUUUAAUCAGAGAGGCAUUUUUCCGUUGACAGGCUGUAUAAUUUUAAAGCAUUGUAAACAGUUCAUUAACAGGAGUUAGCUGUGCCAAAAUCCCUGUUGGCUUUGGGAUCAUUAGGUUGCUAUGGGAUACAGAAACCUCUUCCCAAAUUGUUCAGCAGCAGGAAACACAGGCACCUUCUUACAGAGCUGUGUUCUCUUGAUUGCACGAUCUGCUUGCUCCUCGCAACCAGCAGCACAACUCCACUGCUGCACAGGUUUUUAUUUUCCCCACGUUCCCCUAGCAAAAGUAGUGCCUUUGCUUUAGUCCCACUUUUAGAGCCAGAAAUGAGACUAAAAGAGAGCUGCAAGGGAGGAAAGGCAGCUUACCUAAAGUCCAGCAGGGAAAUGGCUGUCAGUGUGCAGUGCAGAAAGAGGGACUGACACAAAGAUGCUAACAAUAUAAGGAAUAAAACUGAAAUUGACACGAAGGGAAA